UUAUUUGUACUUUUUUUUUUUUUUUUAGUGUGGAAAGCGAGUUUAGUACAAAGUCCUCUUGGAAUCUGAACUAUACAUUCUGAAACCCCAGUAUAAUUUGAAUGUAGAAGUCUUUUUUCUAACCUUGACUUUCUUUAGGGAAAACUUGUUAUUGGACACAAUAUGCUCUUGGACGUCAUGCACACAGUUCAUCAGUUCUACUGCCCUCUGCCUGCGGACUUAAGUGAGUUUAAAGAGAUGACAACAUGUGUUUUCCCCAGACUCUUGGAUACUAAAUUGAUGGCCAGCACACAACCUUUUAAGGAUAUCAUUAACAACACAUCCCUUGCGGAAUUGGAAAAGCGGUUAAAAGAGACACCUUUCAACCCCCCUAAAGUUGAAAGUGCCGAAGGUUUUCCAAGUUAUGACACAGCCUCUGAACAACUCCACGAGGCAGGCUACGAUGCCUACAUCACAGGGCUGUGCUUCAUCUCCAUGGCCAAUUACCUAGGUUCUUUUCUCAGCCCUCCAAAAAUUCAUGUGUCUGCCAGAUCAAAACUCAUUGAACCUUUUUUUAACAAAUGGUGUCUCACUCUGUCACCCAGGCUGGAAUGUGGAGUGCAGUGGCACAAUCUCAGCUCACUGCAAUGUCUGCCUCCUGGGUUCAAGCAGUCCUCCUGCUGCAGCCUAUGGAGUAGCUGGAACUACAGGCAUGUAUCACCACACCUGGCUAAUCUUUAUAUUUUUAGUAGAGAUGGUGUUUCACCAUGCUGAAUAGGCUGUUCUCGAACUCCCUGACCUCAGGUUAUCUGCCCACCUCAGCCUCCCAAAGUGCUGGGAUUACAGGUGUGAACCACCGUGGCCAGCUAAAUAUAGGUCCAAUUAUGAUUGUUCCAUUACAUUUUUAUGUACUUGAUGUUAAAUUCAUUGUUCUGCAGUAUUUUUCAACUGAGAGAUGUUGACUCAUUUGUAUUGUUAUUAUUAUUUUUUUGAGUCACGGUCUUGCUCUUUUUUCCAUGCUGGAGUGCGGUGGCAUGAUCUUGGCUCGCUGCAGCCUCCACCUCCUGAGCUCAAGUGACCCUUCCACCUCAGUCUCCUGAGUAGUCAUUUGUAAAUAUUUACACGCUGUAAAUAUUAAAACAGUAAUCCUGCUUCUCUACUAAAGUCAGCUCCUUAUAAAAUCAGAUGUUGGAUGCAAACUGGGUUAGAUGUGGGCUGCAUCUAGUUUAUCAGUCAUGUAUGUGACCAACAUGCAGAGCAAUCAAAAUAAACUUUGAUUAAAAAGCUUAGCUGGGCUGGGUAUAGUGGCUUAUGCCUGUAAUCCCAGCACUUUGGGAGAACAAGGUGGGCAGGUCACUCGAGGUCAGGAGUUCGAGACCAGCCUGGCCAGCAUGGUGAAAAACGGUCUGUACUAAAAGUACAAAAAUUAGCCUGUAUUCCCAGCUACUCGGGAGGCUAAGGCAGGAGAAUCGCUUGAAACCAGGAGGCGGAAGCUGCAGUGAGCCAAGAUCACACCACUGCACUCUAGCCUGGGCAACAGAGUGAGACUCCCUCUCAAAAAAAAAAAGAAAAAAAAGCUAGCUGAGACUUUCUGUAUUUCUAGAUCAAUCUAAUAUUGCUAAUACUGUGCAGGACUAUUAUUGAAAAGAACUAGACAGUAAAUAUAUAGGUUUAUUUUGAAUUGGGACAUUUGUCCAUUCAGAAUUUUUUUGUAAAACCGAGAUGCAUACCAAGAGUAGUUGAAUAGGAGGUGGGAUUUGGGAAUCCUUCUGUGAUUAUUUUUUUGGUCUAUUUUUUUCCAAUCUGUAAAGGAAGAAUAUUUUCUUCAUCAUUGAAGGAAAAAUAUUCCUGCAAGAUUUGAAAUACAAAAUAAGAACUGUGUUUUUUUUCUUUCUUUUUUUUUUUGAGAUGUUGUUUCACUCUUGUUGCCCAGGCUGGAGUGCAAUGGCGUGAUCUCGGCUCACCGCAACCUCUGCCUCCCAGGUUCAAGUGAUUCUCCUGUCUCAGCUUCCCGAGUAGCUGGGAUUACAGGCAAGUGCCACCAUGCCCGGCCAUUUUUUUGUAUUUUUAGUAGAGGUGGGGUUUCUCCAUGUUGGUCAGGCUGGUCUCGAACUCCCGACCUCAGGUGAUCCACCCGUCUCGGCCUCCCAGAGUGCUGGAGUUACGGGCGUUAGUCACCGCGCCUAGCCAAGAACUGUUUUUAUUCCUCU